UUAUCCAGCGGACCAGUAUGCAUUACUCGUGCAGUCUUGAAGGAAAGGCGUGCAAAUACAGUCAUAGAUACCGUAAAUGCUGGCCGUUUUGCUUUAUUUCGUGUCGGAUCAAAGUUGUCCUCCUCUAGCUCAAAAUGGGUUAGAAGGAGGAUACCUGGACUAUCCACUUUCAACACUUUGCGAGGAUGGGGAAUUGGAAUUUCUGUUUUCGCAGAGAAAUAUUGACAAAGACGAAGAGAGAGAAUAGAGAUCACAUUUAAGAUCGGUCUCCGUUGUUUUUUCUACGAUUGCUUUCCUUGUUUUUUUUUUUUUUUGGUUGGAGAAAUGAUUCCAGAAUUCGUGUGCAGCGCGGUGGCUUUGGUCCUCUAUGUCAACACUCUGGGCGCCGAUUUCUGCUACGAUGACAGCCGCGCAAUUAAAACCAACCAGGACCUGCUCCCAGAGACUCCGUGGAUCAAUAUAUUCUACGAUGACUUUUGGGGCACCCUGCUCACCCACAGUGGCAGCCACAAGUCCUACCGACCGCUGUGCACCCUCUCCUUCCGCCUCAACCACGCCCUGGGCGGCCUGGAGCCCUGGGGCUACCACCUGGCCAACGUGGGCCUCCAUGGGGCCGUCACAGCCCUCUUCACCUGGCUGGCCCGCCUGCUGCUCGGCGGGGGCCCGUGGGGUCUCCUGGCCGGGCUGCUGUUCGCCUCGCACCCCGUCCACACGGAGGCGGUGGCCGGCGUGGUAGGCCGCGCGGACGUCGGCGCCGCCCUUUUCUUCCUGCUGUCGCUGCUUUGCUACGUGCACCACUGCGCGCUGCGAGGGGCCCCGGCGAGGACCUUCAGGACCGGGGCCUGGCUCCUGGGGAGCCUGGGCUGCGCCGCCUGCAGCAUGCUGUGGAAGGAGCAGGGGGUGACGGUGCUGGCGGUCUCGGCGCUCUACGACGUGUGCGUGUUCCACCGGCUGAAGCUGCGUCAGGUCGUCGCGCUCGUCCACAAGAGGAGGAAUGUCCACCUGCUUCUGAGUGUGUUGCUGCUGGCGGCCUGGGGGGCUGUUCUGCUGGCCUGCCGCCUCUACUGGAUGGGCAACAAACCGCCCAACUUCUCCAACUCUGACAACCCAGCGGCGGACUCCCAGUCUCUCCUCACCCGAGCACUCACUUUCCUCUACCUGCCGGCCGUCAACAUGUGGCUCCUCCUGUGCCCGGACACGCUGAGCUUCGAUUGGUCCAUGGAUGCCUUGCCUCUGAUCAGAAGUGUAGCUGAUUGGAGGAACCUUCAUACCGCAGCUUUUUAUACCGGACUCCUCCUCCUGGCUUGGUUUGGACUGCGCACCUGCAAGGCCAAGGCCAAGGAGACCAAUGGAAAAGCCCAUAACGUGGCCAACGGGAGCUGGAGGUCCAACACCAAUGGACACAGCUACCCCCACGCGGAAGCCCACGACCACACGCACUCGGAAGCAGAGCCUCGGGCGGCUAGUGCACAAAACGGUACCAAAAAAAACAAUGUCACGAGGACUCCACUGCCCACCACUGAAAACGUAGUGGUGUUCUCCUUGGGCCUCCUGGUCAUUCCUUUCCUCCCUGCCACCAACCUGUUCUUCUACGUGGGCUUUGUGGUAGCGGAGAGGGUUCUGUACAUCCCCAGUAUGGGUUUCUGUCUACUGCUGGCGGUGGGGGUAAGAGCCGUCUACGUGCGGCUGAGACAGAGGUCCUCCAGAACCGUCUUGGUGUACUUCUGUGCCUCCCUGGUCCUGCUGUUUGGAGCGAAAACGGUGCUGAGGAACCAGGACUGGCAGAGCGAGGAGAUGCUUUACAAGUCGGGGAUUUAUGUGAACCCUGCUAAAGCAUGGGGGAACCUUGGGAACGUUCUGAAGAACCAGGGCAAGAUGGCGGAGGCUGAGCGGGCAUACAGGAACGCCCUCUACUACCGCAGGAACAUGGCAGACAUGCUGUAUAACCUCGGUUUGCUGCUACAAGAAAAUAACAAGUUUUCUGAGGCCCUCCACUACUAUAAGCUGGCCAUUGGGAGCAGGCCAACCCUGGCUUCCGCUUACUUGAACACGGGGAUUGUCCUGAUGAACCAGGGCCGGUUGGAAGAAGCCAAAAGGACCUUCCUGACCUGCGCCGACAUCCCUGAUGAGAACCUGAAGGACCCCCACGCCCACAAAAGCUCUGUCACCAGCUGUCUGUACAACCUGGGCAAGCUGUUUCAUGAGCAGGGGCACCAGGAGGAGGCCCUCUUGGUGUAUAAAGAAGCAAUGCAGAAAAUGCCGAGACAAUUUGCCCCUCAGAGCCUCUUUAACAUGAUGGGAGAGGCCUACAUGAGACUCAACAAGCUGUCAGAGGCGGGUCACUGGUACCGAGAGGCCCUGAGGGCCAAGCCGGAUCACAUCCCAGCACACCUGACCUACGGCAAGCUCCUGGCCCUCACGGGCCAGAAAGCUGAAGCUGAGAGGUAUUUUCUGAAGGCCAUUCAACUUGACCCCACUAAAGGAAAUUGCUAUAUGCAUUACGGUCAGUUUUUGUUGGAGGAGUCUCGCCUGCUGGAAGCGGCUGAGAUGGCGGAGAAGGCGGCAUGCCUGGAUAGCGGAGAGUUUGAUGUGGUCUUCAGUGCUGCCCACAUGCUCAGACAAGCCAGUCUCAACGACGCAGCAGAGAAGUAUUACGGACUGGCAGCCAGCAUUAGACCCAACUAUCCAGCAGCCCUGAUGAACCUCGGGGCCAUACUCCAUCUCAACGGGAAGCUGCAGGAUGCAGAGGCCAACUACCUGCGAGCGCUGCAGCUGAAGCCAGACGACACCAUCACCCAGUCCAACCUGCGCAAGCUGUGGAACAUCAUGGAAAAACAGGGCCUGAGGACCAUGGGGCCCUGAGUUGGCGCACCAGCCAAUCAGCCGUGUGUACAGCAGGCCUUGGGAGGAAGUGGCCUGCUGCCUCAUUGGUAGAGACAGGGAGGAGAUGCUGCGGAGUUGAGCUGGGGGACAGGAGGGAGAAAGCAGAAAAAAGGCACAGGACUGCUGGACACUCCUCGGGUCAGGAGUUACCUCCCUAGAAAAAUGUCUGUUUUGAUGAGCGCCAUGUCUGCAUGAUGACUCUUUGGGACAUUGUACAAAACUGUGUUCUCCCAAGAACUGUGACUGUCAACCGGAGCACUUAACUUGAAGUGGGUCAUAGGUUUAUACUUGAAUAGUUGUGAUUAAUUGGGUUUUCAAUUUGGUAUCGCUGCAUAUUUAAAGGUAUUUAAAAAAAAAUCCUGGGGCAGUGCAAGAUUAAAAGUGUUAGAGAGAGACAGGAAAAGUGUUUCCCUAGGUGCUGCUCUGUUGAGCACUAGUAGGGAAUCUUUCUCAGCGUCAAAUUGUGCUUUUGGUCCGAUUACAUUUUUUUUCAUUGGUUCACGUGCACAUCAGUGAAAAUCAUGGCAUGCUGUUGGAGAACACAGCUUUAUCAUUUAUGGUUGGUUUUCAAAAUGGAACACAACUAUUGGAAGCCGAGGUUGGCAAAUCAUUAGUUCUGACUGCCUUUGAGAUUUCGCUAGUUUAAUUUAUUUAACAUCUAUUUCUACAACGUUACGCCUGCAAUUGAGAUAUGUUGAGCAUCGUUAUCAUGAUUAAAAGGGAAACCAUUCAUAGAAAUGUGUUUACAACAACACUUCCAGAAGAUAAAUAACUGGCAUGCAGCAUUUCAGGUAUACAGUAUGAAUACAUCUGCCCUUGGGGUACGGUCAUGAGGUCUUUCCACAUUUAGAUAUAUGGAUCCACUGAAUAUAGUUUGCCAAAAAACAUUAUUAUGAAUAAGCUUGUCUGAAGGAAAGGUUACAUUUAUUUUCUGAACUUUAGAACAUUUCUGUCAUUAUUGUCAACUCUAUUAUGCCUUACUAUGUGAAGAGGAGAAUCUAUAUAAAUGUACCAGAGAGUAUCACCUCUUUACUAAGCUGGGCUUUUCAUGAAGACAUCUCACGGCUGCUGGGUUGGCUAGUCAUGUCUUCUUGACAGUUGACUUAGAGGACAGUAAUGGGUUAUGAAAGGGAAUCGUGAGCUACCUUCCUUCUCUUAGUACUAAAACUGGCCCCUGUCAGCUAUAAUUCUAGUUAGGGAUUUGGACGGGAGCCUUUUUUUUGUGAUGGUGACCUUUUUUAAGUCAUGGCACGAGGCCAGUCGGAAGCAUAACUGAAUACAGAAAUCUCUAACCAAAUAGCUGUGGAAAUGAUGCACUCCAUUAACAUAACAAUGCAGAACCACGCUUUGUCUGAGGGAAUUUGUUAUUGUAAUAUUGCUUUUUUUUGGAAAUGUAAAUUUUCUAUUAUUUGGUUUUUAGUCAAAGUUAAGUUUAAUAUAUGCAGUUAAAAGCUACAUACAAUAUGUACUAGGCACACCAGUUUGACUUGUAAGGAAAAGCUAGUGCCCAGCCAGUAUCUAAGACAAGAAGUCAUUUCCCAUCAUCAAACAUCCUGAUGUGUGUGUGUGUGUGUGGGUGUGUGUGUAUGUAUGUGUGUGUGUGUGUAUAUAUAUAAUAUUCUGUGUUACUAACGUCUACUUGGUUUUUGUAGUCAUUAAGAAAUGAACCACCGUUUAUCAACUGUGUCACCAACUUUGAAGAAUAUGUAUUUUGGAGAAACGGAUGAUCCCACUAUAACAUUUCUGUUUAUUGUAAAGAACCCCUCUGCCACUAGGCUGUUUAUUAUUUUAAGUUAUUUCAUUCUUUUAUUUCUUUCUCUUGGCAUAUAAACCAGCUGGCACUGUGUUAUAUUUUCCAAUGUAUGUUAAAGGGAGUUCAUAAGAUAAAUAUUGAUCCAUUUUGUUAGAAGACAAAUUCCUAGCAAUUAUGGCAAAAAAAAAAGUAUUAUAUUCAACAUAUUUUCUGACAGGUGUAACAUACAUUUUCUAAAAGAUAUUGCAUGAUAGAAAAGAAAAAGUUCCUCAUAGAUAAUAACUGAAAUGGCCACCAGAAAGCAAGUAUUAAAAAAAUGCCUUGUUGUUGUCCACUUUCCCACACGGCGACCCAAAUCCCCAAAGUUUAUAUCCAUUGCUGUAUUGAGUUAGUGGUGUGAUAUUUUCACAGCCAUUAAAACUGUAUGAGCCCCCUGUUCCACCCAGUGCGUCACCUCUGUUCUGUGUGUGUCUACUGGUGGGGUGACCCUGCAGCAUGUCUGGCUGGAGCUGAAUGGAUUUACUCGUUGGUUCUGAUGGUCUCGACUGAGUCAACACUGUUAUGUGUUUAGAUCACCUUAUCUCUUUGUUGCUGUAAUAUUGAGCUGAGUUUUCACAAUGAAGGUUUCCACUUUCCUCUCACCUGCCCCCAUAACGAGCUGUGCUAAUUUAUCUUGUGUAUAAAGUGUUUAUGAACAAAUGAGAGUGUGACUGAAAACAAUUCUGUAUCUCUGCUCAGGGAUUUCAAGCGAUGGGUUGUAUUGGAGAAUCAUGCUCACAGAGCACUCAGAGAGUUUACUAAAUUGAAGUUUUAUUUUUUGAAAGUUGUUGUAUUUGUAUAAAUUAUCAAGAUUUGUAGCCUUUCCUUUUUUGUAAUAUAAAGAAAUCAAUGUGCCAGAAUAGACUUUCCCAAUGUAGGUUUUUUUCCACAAUAAAAUAAUGGUGGUCUGUUUUCA